UGAUUGGCUGCUGAGUUUGGGAUAAAAGGGGAAUUAGAGCUCUGCUCGGCUCUGCUCCGCUGUGCUGUGUUGGGCUCUGCUGUGCUCACGGGGGAGCGGAGCCGGAGUGUGUGUGUGUGUGUGUGUGUGUGUGUAUUCUCACUGCGGUAUGACGGGGAAGGAAGGGGCCGUGCUCGCGGAGAGCGGCGCUAAAACGAACGGCGCCAGCGCCAAGAGCCUGAGCGCGCACACGCAGCCGCGCUGCACGGGCUUCGGCAUCCAGGAGAUCCUGGGCCUCAAUAAAGAACCAUGCUGCGCUCCGCGCGCCGCGCUGGACACCAGCCCCGCCGCGCACCUGCUGACCGCCAGGUCCAUGCAGGGUCACGCAGCUGCAGUGGCCGGUAUGGGGGUCGGAGUUGGGAUCGGGGUGGGAUUACUCGGUCCUGGAGGUAUUCCGUCCUUCUACAGCCAGCCUGCCUUCCUGGAGGUGCUGUCAGACGCACAGAGCGUCCACCUGCAGCCCCUCAGCAAGACAGUGGCGCAGCUGGACACCAGCCAGUCCGCCAGCUCAGACUCAGAGGAGGUCUCCUCCAGUGAGAGAAAAAUCUCCAAAUCAUCACUGAGCCAGAGCAAGAAGCGCAAGAAGAGACGACACAGGACGAUAUUCACCUCCUAUCAGCUGGAGGAGCUGGAGAAGGCCUUCAAUGAAGCUCACUAUCCUGAUGUUUACGCCAGAGAGAUGCUGGCCAUGAAGACGGAGCUGCCCGAGGACAGAAUCCAGGUCUGGUUCCAGAAUCGCAGAGCCAAGUGGAGAAAGAGGGAAAAGUGCUGGGGGCGCAGCAGUGUGAUGGCUGAAUACGGCCUGUAUGGGGCCAUGGUACGCCACUCCAUUCCUCUUCCAGAGUCUAUCCUGAAGUCUGCCAAGGAUGGAAUUAUGGACUCUUGUGCCCCCUGGCUACUAGGCGCCUCUCUAAAUCCGAAUCCCCCAACGCUCUUUGCAGGGAUGCACAAAAAGUCACUGGAGGCGGCAUCGGGGGCAAUGAGUGGGAAGCCGGAGGUCUCUCAGCAGCCAGCCAAUCCCAAGGCAGACGAGGGUGAGGCGGAGGACAGGAGGAGCGAGUCGCCCAUGUCCAAAGAAGAACUUAGAGAGAACAGCAUCGCUGCUCUCAGGGCCAAAGCGCAGGAGCACAGUGCCAAAGUGCUGGGCACAGCAUCCUGUGAGAGACUCGAACGCAAAACGGAAUCCACGGCGACAGAGAGAGAGGAGAAGUGCAGCGAACGGUCAGACUCCCGAGAAGAGGAAAAGAGCUCUUAGAUAUGCACUUAAAACCCUUAUUCAAGCCUCAUAGUGUCCCACUGUACCUUCCCUUUGAACAAACCCAGGUCACUUUCUCUUCUGUAUUUUCACAUACCCUGUUGACAAGCAGGAGUUUGGGUCCUCAUAGUAUACCUCGCCAGUAAUAUUCUUCUGUCCUCACUUAGUUCAGAGGUAUUAAUGAAAUUGCAGCUAUUUUGACUGAUUGACAGUGGCAUAUAUCCCUAAAGUGCUGGGGACAAAGCAUGCUACCCUACUGUUUAUUUUUAUUAAUGAUAUACUUGCCACUAAGUGUUAUAGAGUAUUGUAUAAUACGGGAACUAAAUGAACCAACAUCAAGGCAAUUUUGGUGGUAUUAACAGUGGUUUCCCAAGGACUUAGACCAUAGAAUAAUGACAUUUAGGACAUAUCCUCCACUCUUAGAACAAACAGAACAUUCUUCGUUGAAACUUUAAAAGGACCUUUUUAAAGAGGAAUUCCAUCAAUUUUUCAAAAUGUCUUUGUGAUUUGGUCAUUGAAAUAUAAAUAAAGCCAUCCAGAGUGGUUUGACGUGGGGUGGUUAAUCGUAGAGAAACGUACCAAUUCUUGACAGUGGUGUUGACACAAAUCAGGGUUUUCUAUUGUAAUGUUUACAACACAAAUAUAGACAUUUUGUUUACUAUCCAAAAUGUUGCUAAUAGUAAAAUAGUGGUAAGUCUGAAAAAAUGUUUUCUUUGGGAACUAUUUUGCCUUACAAUGCCCUUCUUGUACCUCCAUAAUAAAUUAAAUUAAAAAACAUUGUCAUGUCUAGUUGAACAACUAGAGGGAAACAUUGUGCAUGCAGGCAAAUGCUCUUUUAUUGGACAAGCAGCGAAGGGGAACCGCAGCUCAGAACUAUUCAAGCAGCUGGGAUAGUGGGCAGGUCAUUUUCUCUUUAUUAUAGGCACCAACAUUGGCACCAGCUACCCUAAAGCCAGCUCAGAACAGUAAAAAAUGUCCACAGCAACAUUAACGGGACCCAAGAGCAUAGCACUUCCAAAAGCUCCUCCCCGUGGCAACUUUCAAUGGCAAAGUGUCAAAUACUACAACAUGUCUUAGGCCAAAACCUUAUAUUAAAAUUAUCGUAAAUAAUGACGAUGUCUUAUUGGGCCAUUCAGCACUGUGGAUGUCUGGCUCCUAUCACCACCACUGAACAUUUCUGACUGUAAGUUUCUCAAGAACAGAGCACUUCACUUCAAACCACUCUGAAUAACUCUGUUAAUAUCUAAAAGAAAUUUGGAAACAUCUGUGGAAUUCCCACUUAAAAUAGUCUAAAAGGAUAAGGUGUUUGGUGCAGUUUGUACAAUAUCCUUUUAGAAGCAGUCAGUCGUUGGUUGUAUUAGAAUGUAAUGCUGUAUAUAUUGUAAAUAAAGAUAGCUUGCUACAGUAUUGUUUGAACUAUACUUUAAUGUACUGUAGUCUUAUGUGGGUUUUUUGGUGCGUUAAAUGUAACAUGUUGUUCAGAUUAUUAAAAAAAGUCUGAAAUACUGA